GGAGGCGGAUUCUUCGUAAGGCUGGAGUUCCUUCAGCCCUGAGUCUGAGGAUUAAUGGGGGGGCUGCUGAUUUGGGCAAUUUGUAAUCGGUACUGGAUUCAGACAGGGCAUCGGAACCGGGGUUGGGACAGGAAGGGGGUGUGACCAGUUUGGAGCAGCGGUCACAAGAAGCAGCCCGAACAGGGUUCUAGUUCUCGAAAAAAGCGGAGAGCCGAGGGGGCCUCGGCGGGGGCUGCGAGGAGGGACAGGCUAGGAUAGGAGAUCCGGACCGGGUUCACCGCACUGGACUCGUCCCGGAAAGCAGGAUAGCCGCAGAGAGGUAGCGGGAGAAAGCAAGCUAGCUAGCGAGCUCGCUAGCUGGCUAACACCCGAAGUAUUGGCCUGUUUUUUUCCAUAACAAUUUAGGAAAAACUAACUAACAUUAGCGAGUGGGAAAUAAAACUAAACGAAUUUAAGUUAGCAGCAACGAUUAGUUUCAAGAUCACCCCCAGAAACCUCGGACCAGAAAGACCCCCGAAGAGGACGACAGGGUGAUCCGAGUUCAAGGGAUCCCCUUCCCGGCCUGCAAUCAUGGGCAACGCGCCCACCGCUAAGAAAGGCAGCGAGAUGGAGAGUGUGAAGGAGUUCCUCGCAAAAGCCAAAGAGGACUUCCUGAAGAAGUGGGAGAACCCAGCACAGAACACAGCGUCUCUGGACCAGUUUGAGCGGCUAAAGACCCUGGGAACCGGCUCUUUCGGUCGCGUCAUGCUGGUCAAGCACAAAGAGAGCGGUCAGCACUACGCCAUGAAAAUUCUCGACAAACAGAAGGUAGUGAAGCUGAAACAGAUCGAGCACACGCUGAACGAGAAGCGCAUCCUGCAGGCGGUCAGCUUCCCUUUCCUGGUCCGGGUGGAGCACUCCUUCAAGGACAACACUAACCUGUAUAUGGUGAUGGAGUAUGUCCCCGGAGGCGAGAUGUUCUCACAUCUACGGAGAAUCGGCAGGUUCAGUGAGCCCCACGCCCGUUUCUACGCUGCUCAGAUUGUGUUGACCUUUGAGUACCUGCACUCUCUGGACCUCAUCUAUCGAGACCUGAAGCCUGAGAACCUGCUCAUCGACCAGCAGGGCUACAUACAGGUAACAGAUUUUGGGUUUGCCAAGCGAGUGAAGGGUAGGACCUGGACGCUGUGUGGCACUCCGGAAUACCUAGCCCCCGAAAUCAUCCUGAGCAAGGGUUACAACAAAGCGGUGGAUUGGUGGGCCUUGGGCGUGCUCAUAUACGAGAUGGCGGCGGGGUACCCCCCCUUCUUCGCCGACCAGCCUAUUCAGAUCUACGAGAAGAUCGUCUCUGGGAAGGUACGGUUCCCCUCCCACUUCAGCUCGGACCUGAAGGACCUCCUGAGGAACCUGCUGCAGGUGGACCUGACCAAGCGCUUCGGGAACCUGAAGAACGGGGUCAACGACAUCAAGGGCCACAAGUGGUUUUCCACCACGGACUGGAUCGCCAUCUACCAGAGGAAGGUGGAGGCUCCCUUCAUCCCUAAGUGCAAAGGUCCCGGUGACACCAGCAACUUUGACGACUACGAGGAAGAGGAAAUCCGGGUCUCCUUCACCGAGAAGUGUGCCAAGGAGUUCGCCGAAUUCUGAACCCAGCAGGAGAGAGAGAGAGAGAGAGAGAGGGAAGGAAGGAAGGAAGGAAGGAGAGUGAGAGAGAGAGAGAGAGAGAGAGAUAGAUAAGAGAGGGUGUGAUGAGCUCGGUCUGCCAAUCCCAUCCGGCAGCAAUGCAGAUCAACCAUUAAGGGAGGAGGAGGACCUGAAGGAGAGGGGGGGAGACUUCCGAGUGAAGAUGGCACUGUUGCUUUUUCUGUCUCUCGCACGUUUCUUAUUUAUUUUACCACCCCCCCCCCCCUUCCCCGCCUCGUGUUUAUAGAGCGGUAUGGGGGAUUACUCUGACCUUUCACAUCCUUUUUUAUGGUGGGUGGGGUGGUGGGGGGGGGGGGGGGGGGGGAGGGGGGAGGGUGGAGGGUGUUCACAGCAUUUUUGGUCAUUGCAGGCUCCAGUCCAGUGUUGUUAUGUUGUGGUACUGAAUCAUGGUCUUUAUUGUGGAUGGGGUUGUCCAGCACAUGGAAGGGCUUUGUCUUGGUCUCUGUGGUUUUGUACAUCUUUGCCCCACUGCUGACCCCCCCCCCCCCCCCCCGCCCCCUGCUCCCCUGCCCUUGGCCUGCACCACUCCCCUUAACAAUCCCGUGUUUGCUGAUGCCUUGUGUGAUCGCUUAGCCCCCCCCACCCCCCACCCCCACUUGCCAGUCGAAUCCCAGCACACACGCCCCACUGCCUGUAGCACAGUGAGCGCCACGUCGGAGUAACGCUCAGCAGCCGUCGAACCCGAGCACGCAUGCCCCAGUGCCGACAGCAGAAAAGCCGCUUCAGGAUAACGCGCGUUUCCAGCUCCCGGCGCGUCUCCCGCUGCUGCAUGUGCAGUGUGUGCGCCGCAGACGCGGCCCGUCUGCAGCAGCUGCCACAGAGUGGCCCAGUUUGCGACGGUCCCGUUUUGUCUGCAAUAGAAAAGUCAGUGAAUCGGGCAUAAAACUAAAAUCCCCAUCUCCAAAAAAAAAACCUCAACCUGGAUUAAUUUCAAUUAAUUGGUCGGAAUUUCCAGGUAAUUUUAAAUUGCAGCCUGCAUAUGAUCAUUCUUAGUAACGCUAAUGAAAUUUUAACUUUCUUUUUUUGAGGUGUGAGAGAAAAAAAUCUGUUUUUAAGCUAAAAGCUUAUUCCUCAAUAUCAAAACAUGCUAUUGGUAUCAACAGCCAGGACACGAGUGUUGUGACUUGUUGAUUUGAGCCUUCACUGUAUGCUUAAUUACUCCUGAAUGUCUUAAUUAAAAUUAAAUACAGUUUUGUAGGUAUUGUUAGGCAACAUGUUAAAGCCUAAAAUCCAUCCGUUUGUCCGUUUCCCUUUUUAGCGUUGUCAAAGAGGUCAAUUGGAAACACCGGAGAAAUUGAAGUCUAAGCACUAAGUGUUGUUAAUGAUACUAACCGAAGACAUGGGGCUAGCGAGAAAAUUUCCAACUUCUUCCGGUCAAAUACUGUUCUUUAAAGAAAAGUGUUUUAACAACCCGAUUUCAAUUAAUGAAACAAAACUCAAGGUUGUCCGAUCCGCAAGUAGGCUAAAUGACUGGUGGGCGUGGUGGAACCGGGCUGGCCACACUCUUGACAGGACGAUUUGCGUAAGGAUUAAUUCACCGAUUCAUCUUAAUUCUUCUGAUCCGAAGAAUAACACGGGUAAAGGCGCAAUCAGCCCGAUGUCUCACCUGGUUUCUUUUUAUCGUAACUCGUCUGUGGUUUGAUCGCGUGCUGGACUGUGUCGGGUUUUGAACGUGUAAGACGUUUGUAGGCGGGCUAACCGCUCAUAUCAUCAUACCAGUAUUGUCCAUCUACUACUUGGCGAAAAAAUAUUUUCGAAUAAUUCCGUGGGUUGCAGUGACCUGCCAACGGUGACUCGACUUCCUCCUCAGUUUUAACAACCUUAAAACGAUUUACUCGUUUACAGAAAAAAAACACGUCUUUGUCAACUACGCAGUUCUGCGCGCACCAGUGUGUGUAUAUCAUUAUUUUUUUCUCUGCGUUAGUUUGUUGGCCGAGGACAACGUUCUCCUUUACUGUACGUACCGUAAUGGUCAGAUCUGGUUUGGUGCAGGGAGGGGGAGGGAUCUUUCAGUGGAAGGGAAAAAAGGUUAGGCCUGCUUUACAGCACCGACCAACGACGGUGAACAACACCGAGUCGUCACUUUCCUUUAGUAUCUUACUCGUAACCCUUUUAAAUUGUUAUUUUAUGCGUGGAUUCAUCACAUACCCCGCCCAUGUCUUCUGUCGUUUCCCUGGCAAUCGGCAUUUCUGCGCUUUUCUUUUUCUGUUGGCCUUUGUAUACGUAUCGUUUCCUUAAUCGUUCAUACAAAAAAUUACUUUUUAAAACAUAGAGUGAUUACUUUUUCAUAUUUUUAAACUAUUUUCAACAACAUGACUUUCUUUCCGAUGCAGGUACGGUGAUGGUGUAGUCUGUCGUACUGAUCGGGAAAAAUGGUGUAACUCUGCCUUUUCAGUCUUAAUUUACCUGUACAAUUUGGCGGAGACCUUUAGGACGCAGUGUACGUUAAAUUAAAAAAAAUACAAAAAGUAAUAUUUUGCAACAUAUGUAUCAUUCCAAUAAAGUUUUACUUGUUAAAAUUCAAA